AUGAUUUGGAACACCGUCAUUCUUCUUGCCUCUAUAAUGGGGAGCGUCACCAGAGCUUCGUUCAAUUAUGAAUCAAGAGAAAACGUCGCAGUUUACUGGGGACAAAACACCAUUUCGACUGUCUCCAAUGGCCAGGCUUCGGAAAAAAACUUGACAGAAUAUUGUUUGCAAGAUACUGUUGAUAUUGUGUUGUUGUCAUUCUUGAGUGUUUUCCCAGGUACCAGUGGCAUUCCAACCUUAGUGUUGGAUGAGUAUGAAUAUAGUGAGCAAUAUCAAGAUCAACUCACCGUUAUUGCUUCCCAAAUCCAAACUUGUCAAGAUAAUGGUAAGAUCAUCAUGUUAUCCCUCGGUGGUGAAGGUUCCUCUUAUGGUUUUGACAAUGACACUCAAGCAGAAGAUUUUGCAGAAACCUUGUGGCAAAUGUUUGGCGAUGCCAACUCCACCGAACAAGUUCGUCCAUUUGGGGAAGUCAAGGUCGAUGGUUUUGAUUUAGAUAUCGAAACCAAUUCCAGUGUUGGGUUCCAAGCGCUCGGGGAUAGCUUGAGAAGCAAAUUCAAUGACGCCAGUAAGACCUAUUACUUGUCUGCCGCCCCACAAUGCCCAUACCCUGAAGCUGCUUUGGGUGCCACCCUCAAUAACACUUUUAUCGACUUUGCUUUUAUUCAAUUCUACAACAAUCCAUUGAAUUGUGAUGCCAACACUGACUACUUCAACUGGAACACCUGGGCCCAAUACGCACAAGACGUCUCUCAAAAUAAGGACAUCAAAUUAUACAUGGGGAUUCCAGGGUCUUCUGCCUCUGCCAACUCUGGUUACUUUAGCGAUACCCUGUUGUUGAAAGAAAAGGUCGAAUUGGCUUCCACCAAUGCCACUUUCGGUGGGAUCAUGAUUUGGGACGCCUCCACCGCUGAAAACAACACCGCCAUUGAUGGUAAAAGUUAUAUUACUGCUGUCAAGAAUAUUUUGAAGAAAGACUUGAAUAAACACUAUUAUGCUAAUGGUACCUAUGAAAAGGCUUCAAGUUUCGGUACCAGUUUAAAGGUUGAUUACUUCUCGGUAUUGUUUGGUGCUUUCUUGGUUGCCAUUACUUCCUCUUUGCUUUGA